AUAAAAUACUUAAUUAAUUUACACAACUAAUAUUGGUUUGACCAAAAUAAUAAAAAUUCUAACAUUAAGCACACAACCAAAGAACAAGAAGUAGUAAUACCAAACUAAAACACUUCAAAGAAAAUGUCAAAAAUUUAAACUAAACCACCAUCUUCAUGCUUUAUAAUAAAAACUUUAGUAUAAAUCUAUUAAAACCUCUUCUUUCUUUGAAGCUUUAUUUUUAUGCUUCUCUAUCUUUUUUAUAUUUCUUCCUCAAAUAAUAACUAUGCUUAUCAUCUAAAAACUCAACAACUUUCUUCACACCUUCAACAAUGGCGGUUUCUCCAACGAUCUUUCCUCAACGUCGUCGUCGGCCAUCUCCGACAUCGUUUCUCUCUCCUCAACUUUCAACAAUUGAUCUUCUUCGUUCUCUUCAUUCUCUGUCAUCGGAGAUUUCAUCGUUGAAUCCUCCGAGGUUUCUUUUCAAGCGAAAUUCGGCGUCAAUUAUACGCAAAUGCAGUGUUUUAUCAAUUAUUUUUGAGGAGAUUUUUCGUCAGAUUAAUCAUUUGAUUUCAUUUUCUCCUUCUUCUGUUCUCUGUUUCGAAGAAAUGUUUAUCGUUCUUCAACGAAUCAGAGCUUUAAUUGAAGAUUGCUCUAAUGGCGGAAGUAAAUUAUGGAUUCUGAUGCAGAUUGAAUCGAUUUCCAGUACUUUUCAUGAGUUGACCUUAGAUUUAUGGACGUUGCUGGAAAUUCUCCCGAAAUCGGAGCUUAAUUUGAGCGAAGAUGUUGAUGAAUUGCGCGAUUUAGUUAUCAAACAGUGUAAAGAAGAUAAAUCGUUCGUUGAUUCUUCAGAUAAUUGGUUGCGAAUCGAAGUCUUGAGCAUGCUUGAUUCGAUUAAGAGAGAGAUUGUUCCUGAUUAUUCCAAACUUGCUGAGGUUUUCACGAAACUCGGAAUGAGUGACUCAACGAGUUGUCGAGAAGAGAUCGAAUGGUUAGAAGACGAAAUUCAGUGUCAAAACGACGAGAAAUCAAAAUCUGAGGUAAUUUCUUUGAUCGGACUUGUAAGAUAUACGAAAUGCGUACUUUUCGGCGCUUCUUCAAGUAGUUCAAGUUUUUCCGGUGACGGAAAUUUACGCCGGAAUUUUUCGUCGGAGACGAAUAUUCCGGUGGAUUUCCGGUGUCCUAUAACACUUGAUCUAAUGACAGACCCUGUCGUUGUAGCAACAGGACAAACGUACGAUCGUACCUCAAUUGUAUUGUGGAUUGAAUCAGGUCAUAACACAUGUCCUAAAACUGGUCAAAAUCUGGUUCAUACAAACUUGAUACCAAAUAGAGCAUUGAAGAGUUUGAUUGCAAUGUGGUGUAGGGAGCGUAGAAUUCCUUAUGCUGCAGCUGAGAGUAGCGAGGGCCGCAACGGCGUCGCUUUGAAUAAGGCGGCGCUCGAGGCGACGAAGAUGACAGUUUCGUUUCUAUUGGGGAAGUUGGGGUCUGGGUUGCAACCUAUAGAGAUGGUUAAUCGGGUUGUGUACGAGUUUCGAGUGUUGGCGAAGACUGACUCGGAUAGCCGAGCUUGCAUAGGUGAAGCUGGGGCUAUCCCUUUGUUGGUUAGGUAUUUAAGUCCAGAGUAUCCAAAGUUACAAGUGAAUACUGUUACAACUAUAUUGAAUUUGUCGAUAUUAGAGGCGAAUAAGGGUAGGAUUAUGGAGACUGAUGGUGCGUUGAAUGGUGUAAUUGAAGUGCUACGAUCAGGAGCUACUUGGGAAGCUAAGGCAAAUGCGGCUGCUACAAUGUUUAGUCUAUGUGCGGUGAAUGCUUAUAGGAAGAAGCUCGGUAAGAAGACACGAGUUAUUAAAGGAUUACUCGAGCUCGCAAGGGAAGGGCCUAUUAGUUCGAAAAGGGAUGCGUUGGUGGCAAUAUUGACCUUAGCGGGUGAUAGAGAGACCGCGGGGAGGCUAGUAGAGUGUGGGGUUGUGGAUGUGGUGAAGGAUGUUAUGGAGUUGUUACCAGAGGAAGCAAUGACUAUAAUGGAGACAGUGGUUAAGAAAGGUGGUUUUGUUGCUAUUGCAGCGGCUAGUCAUCUGAUUGGAAGACUAGUGGCCGUGUUAAGAAGUGGUACCGAUAGAACAAAAGAGAGCGCGAUUGCCACCCUUGUGAUUAUUUGUCGAAAAGGAGGGGCGGAGUUGGUGGCCGAGUUAGCAAGGAUAACAACCAUUGAGAUGGUGAUAUGGGAGUUGAUGGGUACAGGCACGGCUAGGACUAAGCGAAAAGCUGCGUCACUUAUGCGAAUACUCCGAAGGUGGGCAGCUGGUUUGGAAGGAGAUGUAUUGGAAGAAUUUUCCAUGACUAUGGCAAUACAUUGAAUUCAUUAGUAUCAUGUAAUUGUACAAAAACAAAGGUAGUGUGUCAAAUUAUCAUCUUUUCUUUUGUUUUACACUUAUGAAUGUAUUUUUGAUGUAAAUGGUUUACAUAGUUUCAAUUGUUUCCUUUGAUCAUUAUACACAAAACAUGUUAAUAGUCAUUGGCUUCUUUUUUUGUUUGUUAAUAAACAUACAACUUAUUUGUUUGUUA